CUGUUUGCCCCUCCCCCGGACAAAACGCCAGGCGGGAACCCGCAAAGUGAGGCGGGGAGCCGGAGCCCCGGCGGCUCGGUCCAGGUGCUUCCGGCUCCCACCGGACGGAGGCGUGCUCAGCCCGGGACUCACUCUCCCACGGAAGUGUGUUGAGGCGCACCGGAAGCCACCUCAGGGGGUGAGCCAUGGCGGGUUUGCCUGUUAGAGACCCUGCGGUGGAUCGUUCUCUGCGUUCAGUAUUCGGAGAAAAGGUGCGUGGAAACAGAGCGUCCCUGUUCCGUGCUGCUUCUCCUAGCCCAAAAUACAGAUUUUAUUCUGAAGCCAUCGACCCUAUAUCCACUUUCCGCCCUCUCAUAAACGCGUAAUGUCGCUUGCUUUUUACUUGUAACGUUUCAUCCACCCAUAGUGGUAGCGGCCACCUGGCAUCUGGAGUGGGAAACAUUCCUUAUGAAGCUACCGAAGAACAACUGAAGGACAUCUUCUCUGAGGUUGGGCCUGUUGUUAGUUUCAGAUUGGUAUAUGAUAGGGAAACAGGAAAACCAAAGGGUUAUGGCUUCUGUGAAUACCAAGAUCAAGAGACAGCACUUAGUGCCAUGCGGAACCUGAAUGGGCGCGAAUUCAGUGGGCGAGCACUCCGAGUGGAUAAUGCUGCCAGUGAAAAGAACAAGGAGGAACUGAAAAGCCUUGGCACUGGUGCACCCGUCAUUGAGUCGCCUUAUGGAGAGACCAUCAGCCCCGAGGAUGCCCCUGAAUCUAUUAGCAAAGCAGUUGCCAGUCUUCCGCCAGAACAGAUGUUUGAGCUGAUGAAGCAAAUGAAGCUCUGUGUCCAGAAUAGUCCCCAGGAAGCACGAAACAUGUUGCUUCAGAAUCCACAGCUGGCUUAUGCUUUGCUACAAGCGCAGGUAGUGAUGAGAAUUGUGGAUCCUGAGAUUGCCCUGAAAAUUCUGCAUCGCCAGACAAAUAUCCCAACGCUGAUUGCAGGCAACCCUCAGCCAGUCCAUGUUGCUGGGCCUGGCUCAGGACCCAAUGUUUCAAUGAACCAGCAGAAUCCUCAGGCCCCUCAGGCUCAAUCUUUGGGCGGAAUGCAUGUUAAUGGUGCACCUCUGAUGCAAGCUUCUAUGCCAGGUGGAGUUCCAGCCCCAGUGCAAAUGACAGCAGCUGUAGCAGGUCCUGGCCCUGGUUCCUUAGCCCCUGCAGCAUAUCUUGCUCCUUUGGAGAAAACAGAAUUAUUGCUAUGUGGAAGGGACCAGUCAAGGAUUUGUGGAGUCAUGCAAGCCCAAGUUGGAAUGCAAGGAGGUGGACCAGUGCCCAUGGAACGAGGACAAGGAACCCUACAGCACUCGCCCGUGGGACCCGCCGGGCCUGCAUCAAUUGAGCGAGUUCAAGUGCCAAUGCAAGACCCCAGAGCAGCUAUGCAGAGGGGAGCCUUGCCUGCCAACGUCCCAACUCCUCGUGGUCUGUUAGGAGAUGCCCCCAAUGACCCACGGGGAGGCACUUUAAUGUCUGUGACUGGAGAGGUUGAGCCUAGAGCUUACCUGGGACCACCACCACCACCUCAUCAGGGCCCACCCAUGCACCAUGUUCCUGGCCAUGAAGGCCGUGGACCACCCCCACAUGAUAUGAGGGGAGGUCCAUUAGCUGAGCCCAGACCUUUAAUGGCAGAGCCAAGAGGACCCAUGCUAGAUCAGAGGGUUCCACCCAUGGAUGCUAGAGGUGGAAGAGAUCCCCGAGGAUUAGAUGCACGAGGGCUGGAGGCCAGAGCCAUGGAGGCCAGAGGACUGGAUGCCAGAGGACUGGAGGCCCGUGCCAUGGAAGCUCGUGCCAUGGAGGCCCGUGCCAUGGAAGCUCGUGCCAUGGAGGCCCGUGCUAUGGAAGCCCGUGCCAUGGAAGCCAGAGGCAUGGAUACCAGAGGCCCAGUACCUGGACCUAGAGGACCUAUGCCUAGUGGAAUCCAAGGUCCCAAUCCAAUGAACAUGGGGGCUGUCGUUCCCCAGGGAACAAGACAGGUCCCAGUCAUGCAGGGAGCAGCCAUGCAAGGAGCGACCAUGCAAGGAGCGACCAUGCAAGGUGGAAGCCAGCCUGGUGGCUUUAGUCCUGGACAGAGCCAAGUCACACCCCAGGAUCAUGAGAAGGCUGCUUUGAUUAUGCAGGUCCUUCAACUCACUGCAGACCAGAUUGCCAUGCUGCCUCCUGAACAAAGGCAGAGUAUCCUAAUCUUAAAGGAACAGAUACAGAAAUCCACUGGGGCACCUUGAAAGGUUCUCAAAAACACCUGGCAACAAAUCUGGAAAUAUAAUUCCAUAACAUUGUUGAAAUGUUGAAAACAUGGUGAAUUCUGCAUCCUAAUCCCCGAUGACUCACAUUGCUGCCAGGUGGAGGACUCACAUCACCAUUUCUCCAAAUGAAAGCAGUUCAUUUUGUUGUCUUAGUUUGUAUAUUUUUUGUGACAAAAAAGUUUAAAUAAACUUUGAACACAAUUUUCACAUACUGCAAAUUGAUAUACAUAACCCUUUUGCUUUUAAGAAGCUAAACACCAAGGCAAAAGCUUAGAUAUGUUUUCUACCCUUACUGCACAUUGUCCUUUAAUCUCCUGUUGCCAUAGCUCUGUUCUUACCUUAGCCUAAACAUUUAUUCUUCUUAAUGAUAUGUGAGUAUUUCUCGGAAGCAAUGUUUUCAGGAACUUUGUUUUUUGUUGAGUUUGCUUUCAGCCCUUUGAAAACUUUCUAGAGUCUCUGAGUUUUCUGGGAGAAAAAAGCAAGUGUUUAAAACUAUAAAAUGGCCAGAAGGCAAACAGGCAAAGAGCAUACCACAGAAAUGCAUUUGGUUUGGGACAAUCCAAUUACCAAAAUGUGUUGUUUGGUCAGUAGCAGGUCUGAACAUUCGAAGUUCAGAGUUAAGACAAAGGUUGUUUUGACACUGGUUUGAGUGUGUGUUAACAACCUGAGAGACUGUUGUAAAGCUCUUCUGUCUAGGUAGCCAACUUUACAAGUUUACAAAGCCACUGGUUUUCCACAUGUUCAAAUUUAAUAAGGAAAAUCAAGUGAACAAAAUACGUUUUAUCCCAUCUUUCAAAAAAUCGCAAAGCCUUCGGCCCUGUCCUCUAACUAAAUUUAUUCCAAGAACUUAAAACAGAAAACCCUAAAACUUUGACAUUUUCAAGUCUUUUAAGAGGACCAAGUAUAGAGCACAGGAAGGCAGAUUGUCUGUUAGGGUUGCCUGCUUUUUUCCAAGUACUACCUACUUGGAAGAGAAUUCGUGCCAUCAGCCUGUGCUAACCUGCAGGUCUCCUUGCCUUUUGUUCUCCCAUGGUGGCAUUAAGGAGGAGCAUGGCUGCUUUCCACCUGGUCAACCUCAAGACCUUUGAAGAGUUGCCUUAAUAAUUAGUAAAGUUUAUUUACUAGAACUAAUUGUGAGCUUAUUUAUAUUCUCAGAACCCUACCCUCUGUGUUAGGAUUAUGGGCAGGUGAAUUAAAAUCAUUACUAGGAAUGUGAAGCAUAAUAACAUUGCUUACAUGCCAAACCAAAAAAUGCAAAAAUAUUAAAAUUGAGGGAUGUUUCCAUAUAUUUACAAUGAAAAUUUGCUGGUAUGUCAUAGUAUAACCUAUCAAGAAAAGUGCAAACCAGCAAGCACUCCCUGUCUAGUCCACUUAUCCCAAGUUCAACUACAAUGUUAAUUAUGCAUGCAGUUCAUUGUUUCCAUUACCUUCUCUGCCUCCUGCAUAAAUAAUCAGUGAUGUGAUGAUUCGAGCAGCUGUCAGGAUUUUAAAGCACCAAUAUAUUUAGACACAGAGAUCUUGAGGAAAAUAUUUCUAGUUAGGAACUUGGGUUUUACACAACCAAUUCCCAAUCAAGAUUCCUGAGGCUGAAGUUAUUUGGUAAGCAGUUGUCUAAUAGAAACCAUCUCCUGGAAAUCCUAGUGUGCAUUUUCCCAAAGCCUCAUUAAACUUAAUGUGGUUAGCAGACAUUGAGGUGAAUAAAUUGACAAGAGCAGUGGCACCCCAAUUUAUCCCUCUGGAAGCACUCACCAGUGUUUUUACUGGUCUAAUAGUACAAUUAGGUACCCCAAAUUCAUGACCUGUGUUUAUUAUGUUCAGACUAGUGACUGAAAAAUGAUCCUGCUAAUCCUUCAAGCUAUAGGUUCCUAGAUAAUUGGAAAUGUAAACUUGUUCUCUCUUGGUCAAUUAAUGGUAGAAAAUAGGUGGUCUAGAUUCAGUCUGCCAAAUCUGUGAGUUCAACAGUCUGAGCACACUGAAGUGUGGCAUUUUUCUCCCUGUGAGGAGCCUGGGGCUUCUUUUUCUUAUGAUUCACCAUGACUAACAUCCCAGAAUCAGUGUGGUUAUUGUCCUGGUUGAUAGGAAAAAUAAACAUUUUUAUAGGAAAAAAAAAUGACAUUCAGUGAAUGAUUCCUCAGUAAGUAACACCUGGAAAGUAGUCAAAAUUAUAAAUUCUUUAUUUUUUUUAUACCAGACAUUCAUAAACAAACCCCUGUAAUAAAAAUAAUGGAGAGCUUCUGUUAAAUUAAGUUAUCCUAUGAUAUAGGCUCGGCCUUCAUAGUUAUUUCAAACAAUGCAAAAUGGCAGUAUAGGUGGCUUCUGAUUAUAAUGCAAAUUUGAUUACAGUUAAUAUACUUCAGAUGGAAAACCUAGGGAAAUUAAGCAAAAUUGUUCAAUAAGCAAAGAUGAAAACCUUUCAGUUUUUUUGACAAAAGAAAGAAAUGUAAACUGUUGGUCACACUGGAUAAGAUCAUGUUUAACAAUGUACCUAGUGAGUAUGAUAUGGGAGUGGGAAUCUUGGUAAUUUUAUGUUGUUUAUUUAUGAUUAUUGUUUUAUCUUGGAUUCAAUAAAUAUUUUAAAAUUCA